UUGAUCUCCUUCAUCCUCUCCAAUCCUCAUCUGUUCCUCACAGGAGCAAGAGAGACAGAAAGAGAGAGUUUUCACAGGUUGCCUGCAAUCAGUCUGUGGGUGAAAGCUCAAGAGGAAAGAUAGGAAGAGAAGGACCUGACUCCAGGAUUGCGGGACGUAAAACAGCUGCUUCAAAAGGCUAACGAGGCAGAGAAGACACAAAAACAAGAAAGACCACAUUUUGUGUGGAAAGAUUACUGGUUAUUUUCUCCGGCGGUAAAAGCCCCUGUCAAACGUUGCCAUGGGUGAAAUGGAAGCGCUGAAAAAGGAGGCUGAUGGCCUUAAGACACAGAUUGAGGCGGCCCGCAAGGCGGUCUGUGACACCACUAUGGCUGCUGUAUCCUCUGGAGUGGCAGCUGCACCCCGCAUCCAGCUGAAGAACAGAAAGACAUUGAAGGGUCACUUGGCCAAAAUCUACGGCUUGCACUGGUCCUCUGAUAACAGGCAAAUGGUCAGUGCCUCACAGGAUGGCAAGCUUCUUAUUUGGGACUGUUACACUGGCAACAAGGUAUAUGCCGUCCCCCUCAAGUCCUCCUGGGUGAUGAGUUGCUGCAUGUCCCCUUCUGGCAACAUGGUGGCCAGCGGAGGUCUGGAUAACAUGUGCACCAUUUACAACAUCAAGGCUGCCAGCCCAAAGACUCUCAGGGAGCUGGACGCACAUGAAGGCUACCUUUCCCAUUCUCGCUUCCUCAACGACAGCGAGAUCCUCACCGCAUCCGGUGACACCACCUGUUGCCUGUGGGACCUGGAGACCGGCAAGCAGAAGACGAUCUACAAGAGCCACGUUGGCGACUGCAUGUGCCUGGCCGUGUCCCCAGACCAGAACACCUUCGUCUCAGGAGCCUGUGACUCCACCGCCAAGCUGUGGGACAUCAGAGACGGCAACUGCAAGCAGACCUUCAUCGGCCACACGAGCGAUGUCAACGCCAUUGCGUUCUACCCAAGUGGCACUGCGAUCAUCACAGGUUCCGAUGACUGCUCCCUCAAGAUGUUCGACUUUCGCGCGGACAACGAGGUCAACGCCUACGCGGACGCUGCUUUGAACGCUGGCGUCACAUCAGUCUCCCUCUCCAGCUCAGGACGCCUCAUCUUCGGCGGCUAUGAUAACUUCAACUGCAACAUCUGGGAUUCUCUGAAGGCCGAGAAAGUUGGUGUACUGGCUGGCCAUGACAACAGAGUUAGUUGCACUGGAGUGCCAGACGAUGGCAUGGGCAUCUGCACAGGAUCCUGGGAUAGCUUCCUGAAGAUCUGGAACUGAGCUGGUCUUCCACGGGCGACAACGGGAGAGGGAGACGGGGGAUGGGGGUGGACAGAGCGAGAGGAGAAGAGAAAGGGGGCUAACACAAGCCUGAGAAAUAAGGAUGCUUAUUUUGGGAGCGGGGAGAUAUCAGAAGGAGGAUGUUUGUUGUGCUGUUUCGCAUCAUUUCUUACCGCUAGAUCUUUCCUUCUUGCUCUCCUUCUUUCUCAUCUAUGUAUGCGUUAUGUAAGAAGUGGGGUGAAUGGGACUUUAUCGAGCAUACUUUGUAAAUGGCAUCGACGACAGUACAAGACACACCCCCAGUACAGGUACACAUAAGAGUUUAAAAUUAUUGUUGAGACUAUCCUUAUCGAGACAAUGACAAACACCAAGAAAAUAGGGUUACUUAAGUCAAUUUUUGAAAUAAUAAAUAAACGGAUUAAGAAAAUAUGCUCUACUUAUAUCUAAGGUGAGUGACAAUUACACGUUUUAGGUUUUUGACAAUAAAAAUAUGUGGAAGAAAUGUAACGAAUAUACAGAUAUAGUAUUACAGAGAUAUUUUUAUUGUCUUGAGAUCUUUGAUGUAUAAAGCCCACACAUAGCGGAAAGUUGAUAUGUACAUUUAUUUACUUUUAGAUAAUAUUUUAGAGUGCAGAAUUGAUAUGCAGUGACGUUGGGUCACACAUCUCAAAUUAAUGUGUGCCACAGAACUUUGACUGUUGCCAUUUUGGGUCUAUUAACAUAUGUGCUAACCAGCAGCACCCUCUGACUUUGCACCAAAAUGGCUGCCGUCACCUAUUACCUGGCUACAUCCAUGAUAUAUAAACCUAAAUCAAACCAGGUUUGAUCAUGUUCAAUUACAUAAGUCAGAGUCUGUCCAUCCCUCUUUGAGUGUCAAGCACUCCUGGAUCCUACUUCAGGGAAACAGUUGAGGUGAAACCAGUACAUUUCCUUCCAACUGCAUUUUGUUGCACUUUUACAUAUUGCAUAUCUCCAGUUUUUCUGUAAAAAUGCAAUGUUUGUUAAAAAACCUUUCUAAUAAACAUAGAAUUCUGCAUUAACACCAA